UGGCAUUAGAAAGAAGAUAAGUCUAGAACUAAUGAAGAGGCUGUACCCAAGGCAGACAUUGUUACUUUAUGUUUGUGAUUUCCACCUGUGAAUAAACAUCGCGCUGCACCGCUACAGCUCUUAUCAUGACAAGAAUACUUGGGGCACCACAAAAUGUUUCUAGUCAAGUCUUAGCUCCACAACAGCAAGAUUCAUUUGAGGUUAUUACAGACGACGACUUAUAUAAAGCUGAUGAACACUUAACUCAAGAAAUUUUGUGCUAUGCCGGCUACACAUUCCUGGCGGUUCUGUUCUUCAUCUUUUUGAUCGCGUGUUUCGUCUUUGAUCCUCGGGCUUUUGUCAUCGCCUUCGGCACAGGAAGUCCAUGUUGUCUGCUCAGUCCAUGUAUAACUAGUCUUUACAAAUAUACUGACCCAAGUCAACUGAUUCAGGCCAGUUCUAACAAGUAUGUUCCUGGCAUCAUUGUAGAAGAUGAUGGCUCCCUAAAGUCGUAUGAGCCCAGUCCAGAAGAGCUUGAGUAUCUUUUUGAGCUUAUCAAUGAAUUUAUGGAGCCGACGUAGCAGCGAGUUUUAUCUGGUUAGGGCUAAAAAAUUACUUUCUAUUGACACUACAUCCAGAUACUUUAUUGUUAAGUUUAUUAGUUAAUUGUGUUGAAUUAUUAUUAUGGAGUGUAUUUGUGUAUAUCUAAAUAAACCAUGAGGAAAGUAGGCUAGUUUUGCUUGUGCAGGCUGGCGAGUUUCUGAUGAAACCACAGGGUGAUCUUGCGUAAUUGAAAUUAAUAAAAAGGAUGGGUGUGAUCGUGUGACAGUUGGAGAAGAGAUUAGACGUGAGACGUUUCUACAUACAUCUAAAUUCAAGUUGAAUCUGUUUAUACUAUUAAUAAAAGUUACUUUGUUUUUUAA